AUGGCUUCAAAAAAUAGCGCUACUGACGAUACCAGUAAUAUUUCUUGGCCAUUGAUCAAAUAUACGAAGCUUGUUGGAGCACGUUUGGAGAUUCCGGUAGCAUCCGGACAAGUAUUGGUUAUUAUUUACAAUAAAAAUCGAUGUUAUCUUAGUGUUAUGUUCAAUUCAUUAACACUUGAGGAAUUUUCAUUGGCACUGAAUCCUCGACUAACCAUGAGAAGUAGGGAGAAGGAUGUUUUUGUUCAACUUUCUUCAUCGAACGGUACAACACUGACUAGAUUUCGUGUAAAAUUUGCCACAUUAUCAAAUCAUGCGUCAUUUGUGGAAUUUAUUUCAUUCUUUGUUAAAGUUUUACCACCAUCAAACAUGAGUACUUCAUCGGAUUUCAGCCAGCCGUUGUCGCAAGGCUGUACUGAAAUGAGAUCAUCCCAGGAAAGCUCUCAACUUAGUUUAUUUAGCAGUGAUUCUUCGCAGAAAUCGAUGAAUGUUACCACAAUUCUUCCUCCAGAACCUGUUUCUGAUUUUUAUCCGAUGCAGAAUCUGACUAUUCCUACUUCGUCAUCUGCGUCUUUGGUUGAUGAGAAAGUUUAUGAAGUGUUGAAACCUAUGAAAUGUCAAAUUCGACAUUAUUCUGAAUCUUCCGAAACUUCACUGGCAUCUUUUUCUCAGAGUUCAAGUGCGAGAAUAUUAAACUGUUUGCAAACUUCAAAAACUGCUGAUCAAACAGUUCCUUUUAGUACCGAUGAUAUGGAAAUGGCAGCCACUCAGCCAAGUAUAAAUUUACCGCUAGCAGCACAUUUUAGUGCAGUAUGCAAUAAAAAUUACGAGCAAAAAAAUAGACGAAGUGUGGGUAUUCAAACUGAACAAUGCUUAUCGAUUAACGAUUUUUUGAACGAUUCAUCACGAUUGGAAGAAUAUUUGAAGGCAAAACUUCAGGAUUAUCAAUUCAUGCAACUUGUUGAGAAGUGUUCACAAGUUUAUGACACAGUUUUUCGUACAGUGGAAGCUUCAUCGGAAAUGUUUUCAAUUAAGCCAAUCAUUCCUGCAAAAACGCGACGUUGCAAGAAAUAA